CCGCCGCACCAACUAACUUCAGCGUCAGCGCCAGUUGGAGCUGGAAUCGCACACCGACUGCCCGCUAUGAUGUGACCCUGUUGUCGCGUCGCACCCUGCUUUAAUAGCUGCAAGUGUUGUUCUUGGAUGAAAUUAAAAUCUGGGAGUAGGGUUUCCACCAUCCUCUGAUCGCACACCGGGCUGGCAAAGUUGGAGUCAUUAACUGAGAAAAAGUCCUACUGUUUCUCAUUGUCACUUGCUAAAGCCGCAGCGGGCGUGGGCACGUCGACUGGUCGGGGCCUUCCUUGAAAUGCCGAAAAUGCAAACAGAACAGAAUCGGUGUCGCCCUCCCUGCGGUCAUCUUAUACUUCAUUACGAUUACCGCAGGAUCAAGGCACCAAUUGCUGCCACGCGAAAGUCUUCACUUGAUAAGAUGCCGAAGAGAAGCACUACAGGGCUACCAUAUGCCUCUAUCACUUCUUAUCCAUGAGUCAGCGGGAAAGGUGUUCACUGUGUUUAAUAUCUACCCUCAACGAUAUUGGAUACCGGUGUCUGUUAUUGCCCUUGCUGGUUUUCUUUUGUCGAUAUGGCUACCAGAACCAGCACGUACGUCCUAAAUGCUUCUUAUGCCUUCUCCAUGUACGACAGCUUAUUCGAUGCCAACGUCACCAUGGACUGCUUGGACCUGCUUCCCCCCUUACCGUCUCCCAUGAAGGUCUUCCUGCUGGUGACCUUCGUCUCGGUGACCGUCGUCUGCGGCGUGGGUAACUCGCUGCUCUGCUUCAUCGUGCUGACGCAGAAGCGUCUGCGGAGCGUGACCAACCUCUUUAUUACCAACUUGGCCGCCUCGGACCUGCUAAUGGCCGUACUCAGCGUGCCUUUCACGCUGCACUACUACCUCCACCAAAACUGGAUCUUUGGGGCUUGGAUGUGCUCCUUUGUGGGCACGGUCAAGUUGGUGUCCAUUUACGUCUCCAUCAACACCCUCUUGGUCAUUGCAGUCGACAGGUACUAUGGUAUCUUUCGUCCUCUACGUCCACGCAUGGAGAAAGGGCGACUGGUGCUUAUUGUUCUGGCCAUUUGGAUCGUGUCGUUCCUCGUUGCAUUACCAACCUUUCUCUUCUUAACAACAUCGUCCCCAACAACCGACUGCAGGGGACGAACCGUCCAGAUGUGCUUUGAGAACUGGGUUAACCCCAGCGCAGCCAACGGCUACGUGAUCUUCAUCACGGUAGCUGAGUUUUUGUUGCCUAUCUACAGCAUGGGAUUCAUUUACAUCAGCAUCGCCAUCAAGCUGUGGACGCACCGAACGCCCCCGGGGCAGGUGACACCCCGCCACCGGGAGAUUAUGCUGGUCCGUAAACAGAAGACUAUCCCCAUGCUCAUCACUGUGGUGGUGGCAUUCUUUGUCUGUUUCGCCCCUUACCACGGCUACAAUCUAGCGUUGACCUACUACCAAGAGGAGUGGCACCAGACUGUGCCCCACUUCUACAGUUUGUAUUACAUCACCGAGAGUGUGGCCAUGCUCAAUGCCGUCAUCAGCACCUUCAUCUACUUCAUCAUGAGCCCCAUGUUCCGGAAGGAGAUCCGAAACCUGGCUGGCCGGAUCCUGUGCCGCUGCCCACCAGUUUUUUUAGGGAUCCGCCGCGUGUCGUUCCACUCUGCGGCUAGUCACACCUUCAACACCACCCGAAACGGCUCCGCAAUCCGGAAACCUGUUGGUUUAGGUGGGCCCGAUAAUACACUCGAAACAAAGAUCUGAGGGACGAUGGGUGAAAUGGGCAUGGAAAAAAAGCUCACAAGAUUAAGAAUGUUUGCUUGGUGAAGCAACUCCAAAGUAUUGCCAGUUUCUGAUGUUUGCCGGAUAUCACCUCCACAGGGCAAUACACUCAUCAGUGACCGCUAACACUUGACGAGUGACGUCAGAGAGCAACCUCGUUACGGCUUUACCCUUCGAGGAGGGUCUCCGACCAACGUCAGAAUUUUACACCUUGCUUUGUGCAUGGAUGAAAAAAGAAUCGGACUGGAGGAGAUCGCGAGUCAGAUAGCGAUGAGGUCAGGGUGACUAAAGUAAUGUAUUCUAAACUUUUUCUGUAGUCCUGAACAGAAUUACACAAGCAGCACUACAUGGAUUAGAUUCCCAUCACAGUCAUUGUGCCUUCAGUUCAAUCGGUACACUCAUCCUAUCAGGGUCAGAUACCUUGACUACGAAAUGCGUAACAAUUUACUCAACAACAUCCCUUUGAAAUGUUGUAGGGGACAAAAAGAGGGAGGAGAGAAUGUGUGAAAUGGAUGACUAGAAUAAUACGUCCUUGUAUCAAAUUUAGUUCCAUAUUUCAAAUGUAUAGGAAAUUAUAUCCAAUUAGUACAAUGUGCUAAAAUUGCUGUAACCUGUAAUUGUAUCAAACAAGAUGAUCAAUCUUUUGAUUACACAGUCAGAUGUUACUUUGUUGCAUUAAUUAAAAACAGUGCGCUUCGCUAGGCGUAUAAUCAACGAGUUUAUCGCUGCGGUUCAAUGGAUGGAUGACUGUGAGAGAGAAGAUUAUUUCUACAUGUAUAUACAUGUAGCAUUAGGAAAUGCUAUCGCUGAGCAUACGAGUUGGCUCUGUCCCUGCUCCAGGAAAUGAGCGGUCUGUUUAUCUGGGAGUUGUUAUCAGUUCUGUGGUUUGUGAAAAUGCUAACUUCAGAUGUGAAUGUUUGACAUGAUGUGAGAAAAGCACAUGAGGGGCCUUCAAUUCAGUAAGGAGUGCGAGGUUACCAUCGAAAUCGAAGAGAAAUCCAGCUUUGUAUGAGGAAGAGGCAAAUGAAGAAAACUCUCUGUUCUGAAAGUGGUCGAUAGGGAAAACGAUACGGAAAAACUCUUAUGAAACAAACUUUCGCACCCUCAAACGAUGCUUUUUUGGGGGGAGGGGUUCCAGAAUUGGGAAUUUCUUUACAUGCAGUUGUUCAUAGCUGUUCUGAACAACUGGAGGUGAAGCUCAGUUUUAAGGAAGGAAGGGAAGUGUCAUUGUUCCCCCGAGUUUAUUUUCAAAACAGGCCCCUUCUGGCCACCAUGGCUCCCAUUACCGUCUGAUCUACCGAUGAGAGGGAACCGAUCAAGCAAGGGAUUUGAAAGUUGUGAAAGAGAGGAAAGAAACCAAUUUAACCAGAACGGAUCCUCUACUUGAUGUCAGCUCCCCGAAGGACAUAUAUUGUUCGGGUGGUGUUUGGAUUCAGUGCGUGAUCGCACUGUGUGCAAAUAGCGUACAUAGUGUGGACCUCCAAAAAGGAACAUUUUUAGAGAACAAAGGAAUGUCCGCACUACGUUUUGUGAAACAAACGCGUGUUUGUUUGUUUGUUUAUGUUGGUGUGACGUUCGCAGGCUGCCUGUAAGGCGAGGACGGAAGAAAAGAAAAUCUGAUAAGACUUUUUUUUGUAGAAAGAGAUUUAAUAAAGUUCGACAGACUGUCGAAGUGAGGGAGACUGCGACAUGAUGUAAGUACCUGGAGGGUAUAUGAUGAGUGGCUGUGUUCGUGAAGACUGAAGUGAAAGACAAUCCAGACACUUGCGGGAUCCGGCGAAUAAGUGAUAAUGAAACCAAAGACUGAGAGAUUUUUCUAUAAAUUAACAAACGCUCGAUCGAGACAAAAAGACAAAAGCUAUACCGUCUCAAAAUAGAACAAGAACUUUCAAAUGUUAAAAAAUAUUCAUGUUAUGAGAUUAAAGAUACCGCCACUUUUUAGUGAAUGCAAGUUGCGUUAAGUGCUGAAUGAAGUAAAGAGCUAGGAACUCUCAAACCACAGACAACCUGUAACCUUUCAUAAAUACAUGAACUACAUGUACUUGCCAAACAGUUCAUUUUGGUUUGGAAGGUACUUGUGUAAGAGUUUCGCUGGCUUAAUCCAUUUUGCCUCCAUGUAAUAUCACUAAAGUAAAGUUAACAACACUUCGUGGUUAUUCAUUAUGACUAUUAUGGUUGGCUGUAACCCACUGGCGAUAAACUAGCGUGGUUUGGGGGGCCAGUAGAGUAGUUAAGCAAGUGAUGUGGGUACUUCUCAAAACUGAAUACAUAAUAGUCAUGAGCCACAGCUGUGUGCAGAUUGAAAGACAUUCAGAUACGUUAAAACAAUUUAUGUACAUUGUAUUCCAAAGUGAAAGUGGUUGGUCUUUUCACUUCUUUUACGAGUGCGGUUAAUUUCUGAACGUAGGCCUACUUUUAAUUAACAUGUUUUUUCCUUAAGAUACAAGUUAAUGUCCACCGUAUUCGAAUGAAGAGCGCGUAAGGUGGGUAUUUAAAAUCGUUAGUGAGAGUGCUUCUAUGAUUCACGAGUUUUAACAUAUUGUACUAAAAAUGACUGUAUGCUUGAUUAAAAAUAUUCAUGUAUAAUUCAUCUUGUCUAUGUCUUGUAGGAAAUCAAAUAAAUGUUAAAUGAGAU